UUAUGAAAAUAUUGCUCAAGCAAUUAUGUAAUUAAUAAUUUUUUCAAAAUAAUUUGUUUCAUAUAUAAAUGAAUUGUAUCUAACUCAAUGUAAUAUUUUUUUAUUUGAUAGUUAGAAUUAAUAAAUAACUAUAAAUUAGUAUUUUUUAUACUUGCACCUAUUAAUAAUUGUGAUAUUUUGUAAUCGAUGAUUUUCCUUAAGUAAUCGGAUAUUAUACACAUCUUAUAAUAAUGAAGAGGCUUAUUGCUAAAUUAGUGUUUAUGGGCUCACAAGGAGUAGGAAAAUCAAGCAUUAUUACUAGAUAUAUUAAAGGAGAUUACAAAAUGGAUUCUGAAGCUACUAUCGGUGCAUCAUUUAUGUAUGCCAAAGUAAUGAUUCGAGACUAUCAAAUAACAUUAAAAGUUUGGGAUACGGCUGGACAAGAACGUUUUCGGAGUUUAGUUCCAAUGUACUACAGGAAUGCAGAUGCUGUAGCAAUUAUUUUUGAUGUAUCUGAUAGAGAGUCAUAUGAACAAGUCAAAUAUUGGAUUAAUGAAGUUAGAAAAAAUACAGAUACACCAGUUGUGUAUUAUGUUGUUGGUAACAAAACAGAUUUAGCAGAAUCAAGAAAAGUUACAUAUGAAGAGGCUAAAGAAUUUUCUAAUUAUGUAAAUGCAUACUAUUGGGAAACAAGUGCUCAAGCUAAUAUAGGUAUUCAAGAUUUAUUUACUAAUGUUGGAAGAAAUUUAAUAGAAAUAGUGGAGAGUGAAAAACCACCAUCAAAUUUAAAACUUGAAGUUGAUCCUGAAGAUUUACAGAACACUAAUAAAAACAAUUCAAAUACUAGUUGUUGCAGAAUUUAAUUAUUUGAUUGUAACUAUUGUGUAUCAUAUAUUACUAAAUAAAUAUUUAUAUUUUUAUUGAAUUAUGAAUCAUAUAGCUUGAAAAAUCUUAAAAGUAUAAUUAUUUCGUUAAUUUUUUUUUAAGUUUAAAAAUGUUAUAAGGACAAAUAUUUAUUAGUAAAUUACU